AUGUUCAGUAAACUAUCAUUUAAUAAUAUUACAGAUUCAAUCAGUAAUGCGGCACAUCGUACUCAAGAGCAGUUCUCUUCUGCUAUUGAAAAAAUUCAUCUUGACGACCCAGAGACCAGAUUGUCUAUCCUGAAACGGAGACAUCAAUUGCAGGAGACUUUAGGAACCGUUCAUGAUAUCAGUCAACUCCCAGUACAGUAUAAGUUUUUGGAGCAAAAGAGUGACGCGCUUGAAAAGAUUUGCAAGAGGUUAUUGAUGGUUACAAAGACUUUUGAAGUAGAAGGUUAUGACUAUCCCCCUAAUUUAACGGAGUCUUUCAAUGAUUGGUGGAGUGGUAACAAGGACUUCUUUUCAUUUAGUAAGAAGAAGCAAGAAGCUGCGUCCAAGAAGGCGAAGGCAGAAGGGGCCGAAAAUGGGUUGUUGCCAAGAUCUUUUGCACAAGCCUUAUCAAAGGCUACAGCAGACUCCGCAGUAGUGUUGAAGCAAUUGAAGGAGGAAGAAUCGAAGAAGGUUGACGAAACUACUGCCACAUCGCAAGCUUCAGGCAACGUGGAAGAAUCAGAAACUCCAAAGAAAGAUGUUGAGACCGACAAAGCCGAAGAUGCCGAAGAUGCCGAAGAUGACGAAGAUGACGAAGACAUUGAGGCUUUAAUAAAGGUAUUUGAGUCGUGGACUAAAUGCCAAUUGUCAAUGGAUCAAAGUAAGGCUGAGAUGGACAGCUUAAUGGUGAAGGAAUUCAACGCUAAGUUGACCAAAUUAAUUGAAGAAGAUUUCAAAAAGGGACAUGAAUUGCGUGCUAAGGUCCAAGAUGCUAGAUUAAAGUUCGACACAUUGCGCCACGAAAUCAAGAUUAAGGAACAAGAAAAGGAGGCCCAACAAAAGGCUAAGGAAGAGGCUAAGGAACUAGAAACCACAAAGGAAGAGACUAAGGAAAAGACUAAGGAGCCAAAUUCUGAAGAAAAAGAGAAACCUGAGAAGGCAGCUGAAUCAAAAGAAACAGAGCAAACAACUGAACAGAAGGGAUCUGAAAAGGUCCAAGAAACUGAAGAUGCAGAUUCUAAAUUAUUUGAAGAACUCGAGGAUCAAUUCGUGUCUGUAACCUCAGAAACUGUGGAGUUCCUUGGUGAGCUAACAGACAGCACUGAAAUUAUCUCCUUAGUCAAGCUUUUCCAUAACUUCCAGCUAUUGCACUAUAAACAAUGUGUUAAGAGUUUAGAGGAAAAUCUUGAAGUCUUGAACUCUCUAGAUUCUGGCGAAAAUUAA